GGAACAUUCAAUCGAAAAUGGAGAAAACUUUGACAGAGGCAAUAAUCUUACCAAUACAGCCUUCUCAAUCUGAAACUGUACACUCUAGUAUUGGCCAGUCAGGUGAUAUAUCCCAGAAGUCUACAGAUGAAAUUCAACACCAUGUACAGGAACAGGAAGUUAGUCAGAGUUCAGACAAUCCAGAGCCAGUGAAACAGAAACGUAAAAAGAGAGAAAAGUAUAUUCCUGAUGCAGUUCCACUUGAAUUACCUCCUUGUAAAAUAUGUGGUAAAAAGGCUUCUGGGAAUCACUAUGGGGUCAUCAGCUGUGAAGCUUGUAAAGGAUUUUUCCGAAGGUUCCUUCAAAGAAAAAAUCCUUAUAAAUGUAAUAAAGGGGGUAAAUGCCUUGAGAAUUCCACCUGCAAGAAGAAUAUUCUUUGUUCAGCCUGUCGAAUGCAAAAGUGCUUAGACUGUGGAAUGUGCAGAGAAGGAAUUCGUCAAGGCAGGUACACUGCUACAGAGAGGGCACAUGCUAUUGAGGAAAUUAAGCGCUACAAACGACAGAAUAGCAAUAGUUCAUUAUCACAAGACAACCAGGCAAAGAGUUCAGAUCAGGGCUUGAAUCACAGUAGCACCAGUGAAUGUCUAGAUUUAUCAUUACCAAAACAAGGGGAAUCAGCAAAUGUAGAGACUGCUGGAAUUAAUGGAGUUUUGUGUAACAGUUCUGAAAAGGUUACUGGUUCUAAUGAAAGCUUAAAAGUUGGGAAGCUGUGGCCUCAUAUCGGCACUGAGAUGGUCACUCUGAUAGACAAUGUAGUGAAGGGCUAUCAUGAACUCAAUCCACAUAUUAUGACGCUGACUGAUGAAGAGGCAGACAAAAUCAUGAAGGAAGGCUAUAAGAAACAUAGAGAGAAGGUAGAGAUGUUUGGCAAAAUGGAUCCCGUUCCUGCCAGAGUGUACAGUGAAAUCUACAAAAACACUCAGAUGGAUAUUGAUGGGAGAAUGGAGAUUUUUCAGGUAAUCAAAGAAGAAUUAGCAACUCUAAUCCAGGAAUAUGUUCGUUUUACCCAUGGUAUCCCAGGAUUCUCUGAACUACCACCCACAGACCAAGCCAAGCUUCUGAAAGCUGCUAGACUGGAGUUUUUCUUCAUUCUGUGCUACAGAAGUUUUGAUUCUGAGACUAAAAUGGUGAUGACCUAUAAAGGUCAUGUAUAUCCCAUCAGACAGUACUAUCCCUAUAUAACAGAGGAGAUGGCAGUUAAAUGGCUGAACAUUUCUAAUGAUGUUAGAAGUCUUCAUCUGACCACUCAGGAACAUGCUGUUAUUCUAGCUAUAUGUCUGACAUUUACAGAUAGGUGUGAACUUGAUGCAAGAGACCAAGUGGAGAAGAUCCAAAUGCUUUUCAUUGAUGCAAUCCAAUAUUUGCUAAAUAUGAGAGUCAAAGAUGAUAGUGGAGUACAUUUCUCUAAAAUAAUGAAUGUGUUUUUGAAGUUGAGGGAGAUGAAUGAGGAGUUUCUAACAUUUUAUAAGAAGAUGUGUGAGGACCCAAUGAUUCAGAAGUAUAUGCCAGAAUUACUUCAUUUCCUGAUAGAAUAAAAUGUUCACUGCUUAAUACAUGUAUAUAUACCCUUUUACCUUACCUGAGCUGAAAGCUCAACUGAUCUUUCCUGAUAACAUUUUGUCCAGCAUCUGUCUGUCCAUCUGUCCAUCCAUCUAUAAACCUUUCACAUUUCUGACAUCUUCUCUGGAAUCACUGGGCCAAUUUCAACCUAACUUGCCACAAAGCACACUUUGGUGAAGGGGUUUCGGAUUUGUUCAAAUGAAGGUCCACAUCGUCUUUCAAGAAGAGAUGAUUAAGAAUUAGUGAAAAUUUGGUAGCAUCUUUUAAAAAUUCUCAUUUCAAGAACCACUGGUCCAGAAAAGUUGAAACCUUCAUUACAUGGU